CGCCAUUUCCACGACGCCGACAUCGCUCGCACGCCGCCUGCGUCCAUUCGGAGAGUAGCCUUCUUGUUUCCGCCUGGCGACGCCACGUAGAGAUUGCCCUGGCUAAGGAUGAUGGGGUGCGUGCUGCCGCCGACGGCGUACUCGAGCCACCCGUCGUACAAGUUGUUCACCAAAUGCGCGUAGCCGUACCUGACCCUGCACGCAACGCAACCGAUAGAUCGCGGCUAUCGAUCAGCACUCCGCUGCAUCGAUUAUGAAAAACCGGCCAAUUAAUCAUAUGGAUCACCUGGGCAUCCGCUGGUUGCAAUUGGGGCCGAAGCGAUUGAAGGCGACGGUGACGUGCAUCGUCUUGUCCUGCACGAAGUCGUCGUUGUGGCCGAGCAGCAUCACUUUGUCGUGCUCCCUGAACCAGUUGUUGGACACCGUCACUGCAUUGGAGCCGAGCGUCACGUCGAGCAGCCCGUCCUCGCAGCUGUACAGCGUGUUGUGGUCGAUCCAAACCUCUGACGAAGACACCAGCCGGAUCGCGUCGCCGUCCUCCGCAACCAUUUCUAUCAGCUCGCCGAGCGGGUCCAUCACCUGCCCCGCCGCCUGCGCUCGUAUGUGGUGGACUUGGAUCCCGUGAAUGAUGACAUGGCUCACCUGAAUUAAAGCAGAAUUCCGGCGCCGUAAGCAACGUGGACGUCGGCACCGCGGCCGUCGAUGGUGGUGAAGUUCUUGACGAGAAGAGGCCUCACCAGCUUGAUCUGCAUGCUCCCUUGGAAAGUGAUCCACACCUUCCCCGGGAGCACAGUCGCGCCGUAGCGCAGCGUGCCAGGGCGGGGACGCACGGGGUCGUCGCUGGAGUCGGUAACCGUGUACCGCCGCAGACCGCGGCCGACGUUGUGGUGCAUGGGGGCCGCGAAGCCGACGGCACAUCGGGCGAGGCGUUGCCUGUCGGCCGCCCAGUGGCGGUCGCGCCGCCAGCACCGGUCGAUGACGUUCAAGCGCCUCGCCGCGCAAGCAUUGCAAAUGAAGACCAGAACGAGGAAGGAGAGCAGGAGGCUCUUCUUGGCGGAGAAGGAAGUCGAAGUCAUUGCUGGCCUUGUGACUAAUGCCGAAUUCGACAAUUCUUGGAAGAUUGGAGAUGGAAUGAGCUGCUCGUCGGAGGUUUAGGUUGAUUUUAUAGAGGGGAACAGGGAACGUGCCGGUGCGUUGUGCUCGAAACCAGUGGUAGACAGGGAGAAGGAAGUUGCUCUUGCUGUUGUUGGACAUGGCUAUAAUUGCAUGGGCAUUGAACGUGAUGGACCUAAUUUAGUUUGCAAUCUUUCAAUUUCGACAGAUAUUUUUGAACUAUGUUCCGUUCUUCUCCGUCGACGUUCGAAGGGGAGGCCCGUCGCCGGCGGGGAAGCAAAGAUCCGCCGCGAUAGAAAUUGGGCCACAGUUCAUUCGAUUGGAUCUAUAAAUGGGCCUUAAUAGGGCCCGUUAAGAGCUUGGCCUAGUCGUCUCGUCGUAUUGUUACACAUUUGUGGCGCCAAGUUCAGUAGGCUUCCCGGCAAUUACUGCAGCCGUCCGAUGAGUCCAUCGACGGUCAGGAAUCUCGAUCCGCGGUGUUUCCCCCCCAAAAUUUUCCCAAUUCCCACGCGAACUGCUCAGGCGCGCGAAUUGGAAUGCGAAAUCUCCUCUUUUCCCGCCUAACAUUUCCUUCCUUUAUAGUCUCUUCUAGAUCGUGCUGUUGGUUCUUGCGCUGUUGUUUUCGUUUCGUUCCUGAUCUCUCUCGGUCUUCACACAGUCGCCGUCGUGUUCAGGAAGGGGGAGCAAUGGCGAAGGGUUCAUCAAAGGCUAAUCCGCCGAGGCCGAGGAAAAGGGUGGAAGCAGACACUAACACGUUGAAGCGUGCGAGGGAUGGAAGCGCCUUCACAAGAUGCGAAGCGUGCAAAAAGGAUGUGGCAGUCGUGCUCAUCGACAUGCACAGUUGCAGUCUCGAUUCUAAGAUCAAGAUGACGCUUGAAUCACAAGUUGUGGAAAAAACAGUGGAGGCGACGAAGCCUGCUGAGAAGAAGAGAGCUGCCUUGACGGAUAGGGAGAAGAAGCCAAAGAAGACAAAGAAGUCCAAAGAAUCUAGUGGUCGCAAGCGACCUCCCACAGCCUUCUUCCUUUUCAUGGAUGAUUUUAGGAAGUCAUUCAAAGAGGCUAACCCUGACAAUAAGAGCGUGUCUUUGGUUGCCAAAGAAGGUGGUGAAAAGUGGAAAUCCAUGUUGGAAGAAGAAAAGAAACCUUAUGUUGAAAGAGCAGCAGAGCUCAAAGCAGAAUUUAAGAAAGCAGUAGAGGAGGACAAUCUAGAAGGUGAGGAGGAAGCAGGUGAGAAGCCGGAAGAAGAAACCAAUCAAGAAGAAGAAGAAGAAGAGAAGGAAGCUUCUGCCAAAGAAGAAGAGGAACUAGAAGAUGAAGAUUAAUGAAUUCUGGUCACAAUUACAGCAACGUGGACUCUGAUCUCUUUAUGUAAAUUUUAAGAAAUUCAGUUCAUAGUGAACUGCUGAAAAUGUUGUUCAUCUCCUUCACUCCUUGAGACAGUUUGUUAAAUUGUCUUGUUUGAUUUGAACAAUGUUAUGUGAUCUUUUGCUUAUCUAGUAUGAUGAUUCUUAAAUUAA